CUCCUUUCGGCAACUGGCUUCGCAUCCCGAAGGGGCCCACGUACCCCUUAACUACUUCGGCAGGAUGCCGAUGCGCAGCGGGCAUCUCACAAGUUGUUGGCAAUCUCUGGUAAGGCGGUUCGCAAGGCCUCCAAUGACGCCUGAGGGGUUCGAGUGUUCAAAUAUAGCCGGUUAGUCUUGUACGAACCACGGAGUACACAAAAAUGGCGAGCAGUCUGUUCGGACGCUUCGUGGUGCGGACUGCGGUAUCCGGGUGCCGCGCCGUCCCACCUCUCUUUAUCCAUGACAUCGCCAAGGGCAGCAUCAUGCUCAGCCCUCUAUCCGUUUCCUUCUCGAGAAUCAGGGAAAUCGGCAAAUGGUCAGCUUUCGCUCAGUCCUCGCAAUGGCCGCCCAUUGUGACACUCACGAGCAAAACAAAAGGGAGGCGGUACCACAAUACCAAUACAAUGGCUACGCAAGGCGGUUGGGGCCUCCUGUCACUUCUCACCACUCAUGUCAGAGUUACGAGCGCGGACUUGGCCUGACAGAACAAAUUAGCGCAGAGAUCCAGUGCCUUUCCGCGGCUAGUCACAGAGUUGCCCUCCAGUUCUCC